GUGACUGGAGACAGAGGGAUGAGGAGGACUUUGGUGAUCACGCUAGCAGGUCUCCUGCUCCUGUACCUUGCCCCUGGGGGGCUGUGCCAGGGCUGUGCUGCUCCACACACCUAUCUUCAAUCCUACAUUGAUGUCACCUACACUGCUGUGGAUGGUGUGAACCAAUCCUUUAAUGACUCCAUCUGUGUCACCGUGCACCAGUGCUCCUUCUUCUUUGAUGUGAUGGAGGUCGUCCAAAAGAGAGACUUCGGAAGAUUCAGGUUCAAGUACACACUGCAUGUGUGGGGCGCAUACAUCACCUCCGUGCGGGGGCUGGAGGCCGAUAACAGCCAGCACACCUACUGGCAGCUCCUGAGCAACGGCAUUCCGCUGAAACUAGGUGCUGGGUGCUACGCUGUCUCCCAUGGGGAGAGGCUGGAGGUCAGGUUCUCCAAGUACGAUCUCCAGGGCACUGGCCAGCCUGAGGACAAGGAGUGCUCAUGAAGGCGAAACUUGUCCUGGCCAGGGUUCAGCAGCCCCACCCAUUCCCCCAGAGCAGGUAUCUCCCUCUUGGUGGGACAGACCCUUGGGGAUGAUUGUGUUGUAUUCACAUCCGUGACUGUUUCCCAAACUCUGCCUGUCUCUGUCCCUCACUCCUGAAAU